UUCUUAAUGUUUCAUCAUCCCCAACUAAAUUGAUUUCAGGUUUUUUCCCUCCUUUUUCACGCAUUUCGUUUUCUGCAAAAAGAGGUAUUUAAACCCUAAUUUCUGCAGAGCACUUUUCAACGUCUCAACUCUCAAACACUCUGCUUUCCUCCGCAUUUUAGUGGGAAAAUGAAGUCUCAUAAGCCCUAGAAGCAUACUUCUCAGUUCUCAGUCCUCACCUAUAAAUUCUCCCGAUUCUCUAGAAACUGGACUCGGGUUUCCUGGUAACAUGUCGGGUUUCACCGGAGGGUCAUCGGAAUCGACGGGAUGGGGAAACGGAGAGGGUGAUCUCAAGGAAGUUAUGGAUGACUUGGGCUUGGAUUCAUUACCUGCGGUUCGAAGCUCUUCUAGCUAUUCACAUUGGUCCAAACCGUGGAGUUCUGGGAGCAAAUUGGAGCCUACUACGGACCCUAAAUUGUAUGGAGGUCUUGAUCCCCAGGGCUCCGAACCUGAUUGGACCGAUUCGUGGAGUGCUGGUAAUGUUUCCAAGCAUGAUUUGCCUUUCUCUGUUUAUGGGACUUCGGGUUUGGCCUCAAAAAGUAAAUGGGAAGCUGCUCAUACCGUUUCGAAUUGGUCUGCUGUAAAGGAGCUAGUGGAGGUGGGAUUGGAUACCAAACCACAAGAGGAAGAAGAACCAGUUGCUGUAGAGGAUAACAUAUUUGCUAAUUCUUUUUAUGGAGGUCUUGAUCCCCUGGGCUCCGGGCCUGAUUGGACCGAUUCGUGGAGUGCUGGUAAUGGUUCCAAGCAUGAUUUGCCUUUCUCUGUUUAUAGGACUUCGGGUUUCGAUGGGAUGAGUUUGGGCUCAGAAAGUAAAUGGGAAGCUCCUCCUACCGUUUCGAGUUGGUCUGAUGUAAAGGAGCUAGUGGAGGUGGGAUUGGAAACCGGACCAUUUAUUCCGAGUGAGGCGGAGAGGGAACAAGAGGAAGAAGAACCAGUUGCUGUAGAGGAUAACAUAUUUGCUAAUUCUUUUUUCUGGGAUGAUAAGUCUUUGUUGGUGGGUGGAGGGCUUGCUAAUUUGGGUAACACUUGCUUUCUUAAUUCAGUAUUGCAAUGCUUCAUGCACAUUGUACCUCUAAUACAAAGCAUUGAAGCUUGUGAUCAUCCAUCCCCUUGUGAAGCUUGUAAUGAAGGGUUCUGUGUGCUUUGUGCUCUCAAAGAGCUUAUGAACAUCUCCUUGGCUUCUAAGGGUAGCACCAUCCGUCCCAAGAAGAUUGUCAACAAUCUAAGUUAUUUUUCAUCUACUUUUCAAAGGUUUCAACAGGGAGAUGCUCAUGAAUUUCUCCAGUGUUUUCUGGAGAGACUUGAAAGUUGUUGCAAUUAUCCAAAGCUGAAUGGCCAGGUGUCCCCAAAGCAUGAGAAUGUUGUAAAGCAGACUUUUGGUGGUCACCUAAUUAGCAAACUGCAAUGUUGCAAUUGUGGUCACCGUUCUGACACUUAUGAACCUCUGGUUGACCUGAGUUUGGAGAUAGAGGAUGUGGACAGCCUCUCUCUGGCUUUGGAUUCUUUCACAAAAGUGGAAAGGAUUGAAGAUCCUGAGACAAAGUUUACAUGUGAAAAGUGUAAGGUGCAAGUGUCAAUUGAGAAGCAGCUUCUAUUGGAUGAGGCACCAUUAGUUGCUACCUUUCAUUUGAAGAGAUUCAAAAAUGAUGGCUCUCUUGUCGAGAAGAUUGCCAAGCAUGUAACAUUCCCGCCUGAACUGGAUUUGCUUCCUUAUGUGGAAAGGAAUGAGAAAGUUAUUGAGGAAUCAAAAUAUAAUCUUUUUGCAGUUGUGGUGCAUAUUGGGGUUUCAUUGUCUUCUGGGCAUUACUACUGCUUUGUCCAUGCUUCCCCCAGUGAAUGGUACAAGUUUGAUGACUCAAAGGUUACUCGGGUUCAAGAAAAUGUUGUCAUGUCUCAGGAGGCGUACAUUCUCUUCUAUGUAAAGCAGGGCACUCCCUGGUUCUCAGAAAUCAUCGAAACACAGCAGCUAAUUCUCGAUGCAUCCAUAUCAAACAGUUCUCCACAACCAGUGUUAUAUAGUGUUGAUCAAAUCUUUAAUCCGUAUCCCAAAAUGGAAACUGAUCGUCCUUGUGAUGUGAAUGAGACCGAUAAUGCUGCAGAUGAGGCAUCUUCAAAUGUUGAUGGGCCAAAAGAUAAUGGGAUUGAUAGAAGUGAUGGAAAAGAAAACUCGAAUGUGGUGUCUGCCCUGAUACACGAGGGUAUGAACAAUUCUUCAGAUAUCUGCUCUGCUGAAGCUGAGAAAACACCACCUCCAUCUGUACUUAAAGAAAAAAACUGCAAACAGGAGUUCCGGAUAAGUAAAAGGUUUGCGGAUCUGACUACUGAAACACCGUCGAUAUCUCCAAGCCUAGAGAUAUACAGAGAAGACACUGCUGAUAACGCUUAUUCUCCUCCUCGUGCCCUACUGAGACCAGCGGAUGAGGUUAAUCACCCCGAGGGAGAAAAGCUAGUCAAGAAAAAGAUGCCUAGCACACGAGGGAGUGCGUUGAAGGGGUCCCACAAUGAAAGUUGUAUGAAGAAGAGACGGCGAAGAGUGGAGGGUUCUCCAACCAGAGAAAGAAGUUCAUCCACUCGCCGUUCCUCGCGGUUACGUUCUUUAACCGCCACCAGCUUCAGAUGAGUACAGGUGAACUUGGGGGACAAGUUGAUUAUCUUAGGACUUAGGAUAUAUGCUUGUUUCUGAGCCAAAUAGUAAGUGAUAGAGUAUUUUAGGUCAAAUGUAAAUUGCAGGGCUUAUGUUUUAUGUCCUUUCUCUACUGCAAUGCAUGAAAAAUAGUGUUGCACUAGGUAUAUAAAUAAGCUUUUUGUUUACCCUUGCACAUAAUACUAAUACUAGGAUUUUUAUUAUGGUACUGAUCGAUAUCAGUGUUGAUAGUACCGAGUAUAACUAUCCUUAUUAUAUUUGGUAAUACUUGGUACUAUUGGUCACUCGUGCCGAUAAUAUUCUGUAC